AUGAGGACUAGAAAAGCAAAAGUCGCAAGUUGUACAUCCAAUGUGAUUCCAUAUGUCGGCUCACCGUACCUAAAUGAAUUCAGACUAAGUUUUGCUGAAUGGUCAAUUCGAUAUAACCUCAUGGUGAAAUACCAAGAAGAAAAGUUCGACAAACUAGAUAGUCAAAAAGACUCACCAAUUGCUCCUCGGUUACGAGCCCAUCGGGAAAACGUAUUACAAAUUCAAAUAGACUGUUAUGGAAAAUGGCCACCGGCGAUGAGAUACGAUAUUGCACAUAGGAGGAAUGUCUGGGAGAACCGUUUAGAAAAUGGUUUGAUGGCAGAUGUCGGAACGUUGGAUAAGAGAUUAGCAGAUCAAGCUGAGAAAGACUCAAAACAGUUUAAUGAUUUCGCUUACGACGACAACCCUUUUGUUUUUGGAGGACCAAUGCAACAUGUGAAUCCAAUGGACGGGAAAGUCUACCCAGCACAUAGUUCCUGGGAUACGGUUGGAGCAUUAGCCGAUAUGCAAGUCGAGAUGCUGACAGGAAGGAAUUUGAAAGUCUGGAAUACUAACCAACCAGCAAAUCCGAGUACAUCGUCCUUAGAAAGAGGAAGCACUGGAGUUAUAAGAUCAGAAAGAGGUUAUAAAGGAAACAAGUUUGAUCCAGAUUAUCACAAGAAACAACAAAAACAACAUCAAAACUAUCAUACUAGUCAAAAUUAUUAUCAGAACAACAAUCAACCCUAUGGGUAUAAUAAUAGAAACAACGCACCGAAUCAAAAUCAUAGUAAUUUCUUCCAAAAUCAUGGAACUUACACAUCCAACCGAGGAAAUGGGAGAGGAGGAAAUCAUCAAAACUCAACUGGUCGUGGAAACCAGUACCAUCAAAGUGGGGAACGACCAUCCAUCGGUCCCGGAAGUUUCAAUAGAUUAAUGAGUGAAAACAACGUGACUAAAGGUGCUGAGAAUGGAAACGUACCGACAGCUUCUAGUUCAAACGCGUCGUAA